AAAACUGGUGUAUCUCUAUAUUCUAUAUCUAUAUAUCUAUACACUGACACUCUAGUAAUCUCCGCUGCACUUUGAGAACCCAGUCUAUAUAUAAAUUCAAACAUAUAAAUACAUGUUAUGCUAUUUUCCCACCACCAUAAUCAUAUCAAUUUCUCUCUCUCAAUAACAAGAAGAUUAAACCCACCUCAAUUUCUCAGCCCCUUUUUAUCAUCAAUGGCUGCUUCAUCUUCUUCAUUAAUACUUCCAUCUGUUUCAUUAAACAAACAACACACUGGUUUUAACUCAAAUUUGUUAAGAAAUUCAUCAUCAUCAUCAUCAUCAUCUGUUUGUUUUGGUGGUUUGAAACAUGGGGACAGACAUCAUAUUAAUAAAAGGGGUGGUGUUGUUACUAUGAUGUCGACUAGUGUUGGAUCUUCUUCUAGUAUUAGUACUAAAAUUGAUGAUGCUUUGUUUAAUGAUUAUAAACCCACCAAUGCUUUCUUGUUUCCUGGCCAGGGUGCACAAACAGUUGGAAUGGGACAGGAGGCUCUCAAGGUGCCAGCUGCCGCAGAGUUGUACAACAAGGCAAAUGAAAUUUUAGGGUUUGACAUCUUGGAUGUUUGCAUUAACGGGCCAAAAGAAAAGCUGGAUUCCACUGUUUUAAGUCAGCCUGCAAUCUAUGUUACUAGUCUAGCUGCGAUUGAGAUACUUCGUGCCCGUGAUGGCGGUCAACAAAUAAUUGAUUCUGUGGAUGUUACAUGCGGACUAAGCUUGGGUGAAUACACAGCUCUCACAUUUGCCGGAGCUUUUAGCUUCGAGGAUGGUCUCAAGUUGGUUAAAUUGAGAGGUCAAGCAAUGCAGGAAGCUGCAGAUGCCGCUAAAGGUGCUAUGGUCAGUAUCAUUGGACUAGAUUCUGAUAAGGUGCAGCAACUCUGUGAUGCAGCCAAUGAAGAAGUCGAGGAAGCUGAGAGAGUUCAAAUUGCAAAUUUCUUAUGCACUGGAAACUAUGCAGUCUCUGGAGGUGUGAAGGGCAUUGAAGCUGUUGAAGCAAAAGCAAAAUCAUUCAAGGCUCGAAUGGCGGUGCGCCUUGCCGUUGCUGGGGCUUUCCACACUAGAUUCAUGAAUCCAGCCUUGUCCCAACUGGAGUCCGCUUUGGCAGCAACCCAUAUCCAGACUCCAAGGAUACCAGUUAUAUCUAACGUUGAUGCACAACCACAUGCUGACCCUGAUACCAUCAAGAAAAUCUUGGCUCGUCAGGUUACAUCACCAGUUCAGUGGGAGACGACUGUGAAGACUCUUCUAUCAAGGGGACUUGAAAAGAGUUAUGAACUUGGACCUGGAAAGGUUAUUGCUGGGAUUGUGAAGAGAAUGGACAAAACAUCGUCCAUUGAGAACAUUAGUGCCUGAACAUGUGCUAUAUUAUGUUAUAAUAAUCUCAGCAUUACAAGAUUGUCUUGUGGUAAGGGCAUAAAGGGGUUUUCAACUUAUAUAAGAGCAAGUUAAUGUAGUUGAGUUAUUUGUAUGAUCAUAAGCUUCGUUAGUUUUAUUUAACUCAUGAUUAUAUAUUAUCAGACUAAUAUUUGUUA